UCGAUGUCAUAUCGAUACUUCUUCCAGCUCUAUACACUGCUUCUCUCGCUCUUCCGCCCGCAACUAAAACUCUGGAUCCGCGUUAAAUGUUAAGAAAAUAAAGGCACCGCUCUAAUUAAAUGGCCAACCGCAAGUGUACAGUGCGCGCAAUGCAGUUAGUGACCAGUGGAGAGUGAUGUGCAAGAUCGGGCCACGAAACCAAGAUCGCCAUUGAGCAAUCCGGGAACGGCGUCUGUUGAAAAGGGACGCUGCUGCAGGCAGAAAAAGGAGUGGUAGCUCGCUGGUCUAUGGAUAAAACGUAACUAUAUCGCUGGUGGCCCUGCCCAAAGGAACAUCCGCAUCCGUCUAAAUAUACUUUCAAGUCCGCUCCUGGCGAGCCUCCCCAGUAAAAUCGGCGGAAUCGGGCCAAGAGAAUCACAUGAGGUGAACAAUACAAAUUGGUUGUGCGCCAAUUAAACACCCAAAUGGAUCAACUGUUACAGUAGCAGCCACAACAUCAGCACAACGGGAGCCAGAGCAAGAGGCAGCAAUUUCAUGCCACGCUCAGCGAAAGCAGUCGACAGCAGCAACAACAGCAAUAUGUAGGCGCUCCUCAGCAGCAACACAUGAAAUACAACAGCCAAGAACAGCAGCAACAUCAACAACAACUACUCCCAACAAACCAAUAACUCCCAAAACAAAAAAAAAACAACACAACAACAAGAACAUCAUUAGGAUAUAGGAAUCAGGGAACGAGCAACGCCACAACGAUCGCCCGGAUCUGGACACAAGAAUGCAGCACGUGAGCGCUGCCAGCUCGGUGCCAUCAGUAGUAACUCCUGUUGUGACCACUGGUGGGACAACGAUCACAUUGGGCGGCCCACCACCGCUCCCUAAAUCCGAGCACAAAGAGGAUGGCAAGCCGCCGCACGGCAUCGAAAUGUACAAGGUGAACAUUGAGGACAUUUCGCAGCUCUUCACCUACCACGAGGUCUUUGGCAAAAUCCACGGCGAUGUGGUCAAUCAUCAAUUAGCAGCGGCCCACGGCGGCCAGUUGCCACCACCUCCUCCGCUGCCGCCGCAGGUUACCAGUCAUGCGGCGAGUGCAGCGGCAGCCGCAGCAGCGGCGUCCACGAAUAAUGCCGCCGUUGCAGCGGUAAUGGCAUCAGCGAAUGCAGCAGCGGCCGCGGCGGCAGCUGCAUCGGCGGGGGGAGGACUACCGCCGGCCACCAGCGGCAAUGGGGGCCAGCAGGUGACGGUGACGACGACCAGCAGCUCGACUAGCAGCGGCGGGAGCACCACCAGUGGGGGCACCACGACCACGGCGGGUGAGUUGCUUAUGCCUAAAAUGGAGGGCGGAAUUCAUGGCGUGGACGGCAGCGGCAAUGGCGGCAAUGGUGGCGGACAAAACGUGGCGCUGGCGCCAGACGGUACGCCCAUUGCGACGGGGACGCACGUCUGCGACAUCUGCGGCAAGAUGUUCCAGUUCCGGUACCAGCUGAUCGUGCACCGGCGCUACCACAGCGAACGGAAGCCGUUCAUGUGCCAGGUGUGCGGCCAGGGGUUCACCACGUCGCAGGAUUUGACGCGCCACGGCAAGAUCCAUAUUGGCGGGCCCAUGUUCACCUGCAUCGUGUGCUUCAAUGUGUUCGCGAACAAUACGAGCCUGGAGCGGCACAUGAAACGGCACUCGACGGACAAACCGUUCGCCUGCACCAUUUGCCAAAAGACCUUUGCCCGCAAAGAGCAUCUGGACAAUCACUUCCGCUCGCACACGGGCGAAACGCCCUUCCGUUGCCAGUACUGCGCCAAGACGUUCACGCGCAAGGAGCACAUGGUCAACCAUGUGCGCAAACACACGGGUGAGACGCCACAUCGUUGCGAUAUUUGUAAGAAGUCCUUUACGCGCAAGGAACACUAUGUUAACCACUACAUGUGGCACACUGGCGAGACGCCGCACCGGUGCGACUUUUGCUCCAAGACGUUUACGCGAAAGGAGCACUUGCUUAACCACGUGCGCCAGCAUACGGGAGAGUCGCCACACCGCUGCUCCUACUGCAUGAAGACGUUCACGCGCAAGGAGCACCUGGUCAACCACAUACGCCAGCACACGGGCGAGUCGCCGCACAAGUGCACGUACUGCACCAAGACGUUCACGCGCAAGGAGCACCUGACGAACCAUGUGCGCCAGCACACGGGCGACUCCCCGCACCGCUGCUCCUACUGCAAGAAGACCUUCACGCGCAAGGAGCACCUGACGAACCAUGUGCGCCUGCACACGGGCGACUCGCCGCACAAGUGCGAGUACUGCCAGAAGACGUUUACGCGGAAGGAGCACCUCAACAAUCAUAUGCGCCAGCAUUCGAGCGACAAUCCGCAUUGCUGCAACGUUUGCAACAAGCCGUUUACGCGCAAGGAACACCUGAUCAACCAUAUGUCGCGGUGCCACACCGGUGACCGGCCCUUCACCUGCGAGACGUGCGGCAAAUCGUUCCCGCUCAAGGGCAAUCUGCUCUUCCAUCAGCGCAGCCAUACCAAGGGCCAGGAGAUGGAGCGGCCAUUCGCCUGCGAGAAGUGCCCCAAGAACUUCAUCUGCAAAGGUCACUUGGUCUCGCACAUGCGCUCCCAUUCGGGUGAGAAACCACACGCGUGCACACUGUGCAGCAAGGCGUUCGUCGAGCGCGGCAAUUUGAAGCGCCACAUGAAGAUGAAUCACCCGGAUGCUAUGAUGCCGCCACCACCCGUGCAUCCGCAUCCGCAAAUACCGGCUGGUGUGCUGACGCAAGUCAAGCAGGAAGUGAAACCGAUCAUAAUUCCCCAUCACUCGGCGACCACCACAAUGCACACCAUUCAGCAGAUCACGGCGGGUGCGGCGGGCGGAGCCGGUGCGGUCCAGUUAACACCGGGUCUGGUGCCCCUGGUUACCUCUACGCUCAUCUCACAUAAUGCGGCUGCUCAACAGCAGUCGCAGAAGCAGCAAGCAGCCGCCGCAGCAGCUGCACAGCAACAGGCCGCAGCCGCCGCUGCUGCCCAACAGCAAGCAGCUCAGCAACAGGCGGCUGCUGCACAUCAGCAGCAUCAACAACAAGUGGCCGCGCAACAUCAACAGCAGGCUGCAGUGGCUGCACACCAGCAGCAGCAACAGCAGUUGCAGCAGCAGCAACAACUGCUUCAGUUGUCCAUCCAACAGGCGGCUCACCAUCAUCAGCAGGAGCAGCAUCGUCAACAGCAGCAACAGCAACACCAGCAGCAACAACAGCAACAGCAUCACCAGCAGCAACAGCAGGGUCAUCCACAGGCCCCGCCACCGCAGCAGCAACAGCAGCCGCCGCCCAUCGCCUUGAUCAGUGACCCAAGUGCUCUGGCACGUGCCGCCAUCCAGCUGCAGCAUCUGCCAGCGAACGUGGAACAGCACCCGGUUGUUUACUAACAGUAGCCCCUCCUGCACGGCUACACUCCCACCACAGCCCACUCCAGCAGCACGACCAGCACCUCAAUAGCUGCCACAGCGGCCACUGCGUCGUCGCAAGCGGCGUGGUGAAGGCAUGCGUGCCACCAGUGAGCCAGUGCUAGUGAGCCGAGCUGACGCGACUUCUCUAGAUAGGACACACAUCAUAACAAGCGCACCCCAUAUAAGCAGCUAGUUGUAUGUACAAUAGUUUUAGCAGCGCGCUGGUUACGCUGAUCGGUGGCCCCAAGCGGAUAUCGUGAUACGCUGGGUUUCUAGGGUGUGUCGAUUUUUAAAGCAAGCGUGUGUGGUAAAUAUUACUUUUAGGACGAAAUGGCACAGUAUUGCCUUUAAAAUGUCCAGUCUUCUAAAGCCCCAAAAUUUAAUUGAUGGUAAUUAAAUAUUUUGUUAUCAAUUAUUAAGAUUUUAAUUCGUGAAAUAUUUUAAAUCAAGUAAUUUAAAAUAAUCAAAUCACCCUGGAAACUCAACGAGAUAUGUGUCCCAAUCGCAAGCAAAUUAAACACUCCUCAAUUAGUCUGCCGCCGCCAGCUUUAACGUGCAAUACGAAUCAUCUCAUAGUUUGUUCUUGGUAUCUCUCCCUUUUAUGUGUAUCUUUAAUGCUUAGGCGCUUAGCGUCUAAUUUUAUUCACGUGUUUUCUACAUUUUUGAAAUGUGUGCCAGGCGGCGCGUGACUUUGUUUGGGUCGAUCGAUAUGGUUUUUGUGAUAUCCGAUUGUUCCUUAGCUGCGCUCAGUGAAUCAAAUGGAUCCGAAGACCAAUCCGUCUCAGGCAAUUUUCUCGCUAGACACUUAAAGUUAAGGGGUUUUUGUUGCCGUAACCAGCAGAAGCGCACCAUCUUGUAUUUUUAUUGUGUUUUGACUAAGUUAUGAUUAUAUCCAUAUGGAGCGACAUUCAUAGAAAGCAUCCUCAUCAUACAUAAACAUAUGCAGAUAUGCAUAGGCAUACAAUUAUAAUAUAUACUUAUAGUUUGUAAAUAACACGCAACAAGACCCUUGGAAAUCUAUCGAAAAUUAUUAUCACAACUGUAUUAUUUUUGCAUUUUCCAAGGAGGAACAUUAAUAACGAGCUAACGCGCGAAAACUUUCACAUAUAUUGGCCAAGUGUAGUCCUUAACCCAGUUUACAAUAUAUCGAGCCCUGAAAGUGGGGCUGUGAUGAUUAUGAGAUAUAUAUACAAUUAUAUGACAGUGGAAACAGAAGCAGCAUAACGGCAGACCCAACUAACGAGAUAAUGAAAAGGGAUUAAACAAACAAGUUAUUAUAUUUAAUGUUAGUUGAACUACUAAAAGUAAUGAUUGAAAGCACGGAUCGAAGGAAUGGAGAUAGGAGUUCCCGCGUGGGAGUGCGAGUAGUUUUUAGUUGGGCGCGUCGCCCAAUCAUUAUGAUUACAAUUACAAUUACGAUUAUGAUAUAUGGAAUACUAAACCUAUAACAACAAGUUAUUACCCCACUAUUAAAGUUAACAAGCAACAACAACAACAACCCAUACAUAUACAUAUAUACGACUAGGCACAACUCUAAAAUUAAUUAUAACCCUUAACUGUGCUUGUGUUGAAAACAACAAACAUUAAGAACAAGUUUAAGCCGUAACGAAAUAAAAGAAAGUGAAACAAUUAACGAGAAAUCCCCAAGCGCCACAAGCAACAACAUAUCUGCUUUAAAUUUUACAAAAAAGGAAGAGAAAUCUAAAAAAAAGUAUAUUAAACACGAGUCAAAGUUUAAUAAUUUAGUAAGAAAACAAUACACAGACAAACUGACAGACACACGACCCACACAUUAUGCUUCCUUUUAAAUGCAACAUUUUAUACAUUUAAUUAUCGAGAAUUAAAUGCUUAAAAUACAAUUUUAAUUUAAUUUAACAAACUGUAACUGUACACGAAUAAACGGAAAAUGUAAAACUGUUUGUUUAACCAUUUAAAGACAGAACUUGGUUUUAUUUAACCUAAUUUUAUUGAUUCACGAUCAUCGCAGCAAAGUGCACAUUUUGAAUACACUUAGAAUGCAGGGAACAAUUGAAAAUUGAAAAUGAAAUUAUCAUUGAUAUGCAUGUAUUUUGCUUUCACACUGAAAAUAAUUGUUUUCGAAGUCGCAAACACACACUAUCACACGUCUAUAAUUAUGUAGUUGAGUAUCCGUGUUAGUUUUUGGGUGUUUUUGGAUUUUUGGUGAUGUGUAUAGAGCGCAGUAUAUAGAAUGCAUAUAGAGAUAUAUAUUAUUGUACGAUUAUUGACUAAUAUAUAACGGAUAUGUAUGUGUAGUACGUGAAAGGCAAGUUUAUGGAGACAAUUCACUUGUGUUGCAAUAUUAAUGAACAAACGAAAUAAUUUACUUGUAAGUUGCGUAGUGCAAGCCGUGAGAAUAGAGGUAACUUUCUCCACAACCCACACUCACUGAUCGACAGACACAUACCCAUUAACCUUAAUGAUUAAACGCUGGGACAGCGGCAAAAAUGUUUCCUAGGAGAAAAAUUAACAGAAGCUGAAGAAAACGCUUGGAAUGCCCCAAUUAACGUAAACAUUAAAAGCAACAAACAGUAACAAUACUAAAUAGAAACAAUAAUGUACUAUAAAUCAGAUACAAUACAACACUAUAUAUACCUAAAAUAUAUAUGCCUAUACGACAGAAAUUGGACAACAAAUGAAAUAUAUAUAUAUAUAGUAUAUAUUGUACAAGUUACGAGUAAAAUGUAAUUAAAAUUUAUGAAGUAGUAAGCACUAAACAAAACAAAUAAAUGAGCAGCAAAAACGCGCAGCAUAAGCAU